ACCAACUCCACCACCCUCCUUACUUGGAAAGCUGCAUCAGAAGCUACAUGUGAGAUGCCAAGAACCAGCAACCACCUGCAUAAAAGUACCGAACCUGCAACCUUUGUUUUAAGCAAGAAGAAUAGAGCAUUGUUCUCCAAACCAAUCGAGGCCCAUGUCUUGCUGCAGUUGGGCCAUGACGCCACUGCAAACAGCAACAGAAGACGCCGGAAAACAAGCCUCCACUGCCCAGUUCAUGUUCAGCACCACCGUCCGUAACUCCCACGUCGCUCUAUGCGUAAACUCCCUCACAUCAUGCUUUCUCUCUCCAUUCUCUCUCUCUUUCUCAUCACAAUAUUUCUCCCUUCCACAGUACACUACCGCCUCCCAGCCACGUUGCCGCCGCUUCGUAGCUGCUCUCAUGGAGAGUCUCCGUCACACAGUCCCUGUUUGGUUCUGCUCUCAUGGACUUUGCAGAAAUUGUUAUGAAGACUUUGUUGAACUUUCUGGGGGACUGCAUGGUGGGUCAGAACCUCCUGCAUUUCAGUGGGCUGAAAGGGAGGGAAUAGCCAUGGAAUAUGCUAAUAAGCGGCAGGACGAAUCGAAUGUUUUCUUAAUGCCUUCACUAGGGUAG